CAGAGGAAAACUAUUUGCUCCAAGCGUGGUGGGAUGAUCCAUAAAGAAGAUGCCUGAGCUCUACAAGUUCCUCAUGGAGCACUGGGCACUCUAUCAUAAUCUUGAGUACGAUUCGGGAGAAAACAAAAACCCACGUCUUAUUUUCUACAAUGAGAAGGAUGAGGAGGUGAAGAUUGUUCCAGUGAAGAAGAUGAAGGCAGAUGAAAUCUGUGAGCUUCUGGACUCUCUUGGAUUCUACAAGAAGUCACAAAAAGGCGAGGAUAUCCCUGAAGAAUUUAAGAACUUCCCCCUGCAUGCACAACGAGACGAACUUUGACCCCUUGUGGCCAAUGACUGCAACUGCACCAAGCAAAAUGAUGACGCUUAGGACCUCAAGGCCUCACAAUCAGGCCAGGUUCUGGGCUGAGAAAACUUUAGCUUGGUGCAGCAGCUGUUUGCAACCAUUCACUUAAACAUGAUAAAUUUCAUAAUAAAUGCUUUUGAAAUCUU